CUGUUGCAGCGCACUGCUGAGGAUUUACUUAAUAUGACAGGUAAGUAAUCUUUUUUUUUAACAAUUAAUAUUGUGGUCCUUUCUUCACAGACUUACAUGUAGGGUCCUCUUGAAUUAAUCUGAAGACAACAUCGUACUCAGUAUAAGGUCCAUCUAGUUAGCUCUCUCGGACAGACAGAGCCAUUCUAGGGUUCAUCUGUCAUCCUGUGUACAAAGCAGAUGUCUGCCUCAUAAGUCAAGUCUGCCUUUUACAAGGUGUGUAAGUGUAAGCAGGGUUGUUGCUCCAGGACAGUGGCUCAGGAUUUCCUGCAGCUACUAUGAAGAUGUUCCCUGGCUACUGACAUAGGAAACUAAAGGAAAUUUGAGCCAAAAGAACAAGGUGGAUAUUAUGGACUUAAUUCUUUAAUUGAGUUGUAAAUCAAUUAGCCUCAGGACAACGCUGUGCAUGUUUUUAUCGACAAGUUCAUUUUAAUACAGCUGUGGUGUUGAAGUCUCCAGGGUUCAACUCAUUGGUGUUACAAAAACAAAUCAAAUCAAAUCGUUGAUAAUGUAAUAAUAUUGGUCCACGGAGUGGUUUUAAAGGGCUACCACAUAUUUUAUAAUAAUGUAGUUAGUGUUAAACAUGUCCUGUUAUUUAAUCUGACUUUUUUCUUUCAGGACUAAUGGGUGAUCAAAAAAAGGUAAAUCCAGAUUUUAUUUUAUGUUACGCAUAAAAAUGCUGAUAUUGUUUUUGUGUUUCAUGUGAUAAUUACAUGUAUAAGAAGAUUGCAAAAAGGCAUUUAUUUUCGUUAACUUUACUUUUUAGGCAAGAUUUGACCAAACUCCUUCUAAAGUGAUUCAUGUGAGAAAUGUACCUAUAGACGCUGUAGAUACAGAGGUAUGUGUUGAAAGACAAGAGUGUUGUUUUCUGCAUCACUAUAAAUUAAUAGCUGUAGCCUUUUUCUGUAGAGCUAAAAGAUGUCUAGAAGGAAGGCCUGUGAUUUAUGAGCUGUCUACUGCAAUACAAGUGCAUAUGCCUCUGUGUACGUUUGUACAAGUGUUGGUNUAACUUUACUUUUUAGGCAAGAUUUGACCAAACUCCUUCUAAAGUGAUUCAUGUGAGAAAUGUACCUAUAGACGCUGUAGAUACAGAGGUAUGUGUUGAAAGACAAGAGUGUUGUUUUCUGCAUCACUAUAAAUUAAUAGCUGUAGCCUUUUUCUGUAGAGCUAAAAGAUGUCUAGAAGGAAGGCCUGUGAUUUAUGAGCUGUCUACUGCAAUACAAGUGCAUAUGCCUCUGUGUACGUUUGUACAAGUGUUGGUUCAUUAAGGAGACCUUGUAAACGUAAGGGUAAAAUUCUGAUAAGCGAUAUGGCCUUGAAAUGGCGACAUAGGACAAAUGAAAUGGCAACAACAAAUGAUUCAGAGAUGGCUUGAAACUGUGACAGCGACAAAAAGAUGUGCAACACCAAAAGCCCUGAUUAACAGACAUUAGCUCUUAUUCAGACAAGGUUAAGUAAAAGAUUUAGAUAGUUUACAAUCUGCCACUAUGCAGGGACCAAAUUUCUUAUGGGCAGAGCUGUUUCUAUAGCAAAAGAACUUUUUUCUGUGCAUGAGCAGACCUUGGGCCAUACAGUCUGUACAUGUACAAAACCUUGGAAAAAAAAUUGAUGGUACAUUGUACAGUAAAUAUUGAUCAACUCUGUUUUGCCAUUACAGUUAGUCGCCUUGGCUCUACCCUUUGGACAGGUUAAAAAUGUUCUCUUGUUGAAGUCCAAGAAGCUCAAUGAAGCAACCCAAGUAAGUGUAACUUGAAACUUCAAAACUUAAAAGCUACAGAGAGUAGUUAUUGGUUUAUGCAACAGGCAUUGUCUUGAAGGAGCAUCAGGGAUGAUUCUUCGGUGUACUUUAGCAUCCAGCCUUAAUAACAUUUAUCCAAUGUUUAAGUUUCCUAGAUAAGUUUUUUUUCUCACUUACCAUUUUUGCAAACUCAGUGUGCAAAGAAAAGCGUGUCCAAUAUCUUGGCCAUGGGGCCAGUGUAUUUUGCUAUCAGGCUAAUAAAUUCUAUUGGUAGCUUGCCCCACAGGCAAGUGAAGUUAUUUGGGAAAUUCAAAUUACUGUGAUUAAUCCUGCUCGUCAAAAAAAUUUUCGGGCUAGUACAGCCACCUGACCCUCAUUAUAAAUUAUUAUGAACACCUUCUUAGUAUAGGUGUUGUAUAACCACAAUUUCAUGGCCCAGUAAUGGUCACAUUGAUGGUACUCCUGGCUGUAGAUGUUGCAAUGUGGGUGGUUAGUUCGAGGCCAGCAUGGAAAUUUGGUUUCUUUUUGUCUUGCUCUCUUAAAGGGUUUCAUUGAAAUGGAGGAUAUACAAGCUUCAAUGGCUGUUCUUAAAUAUUAUACACAAGUUGCUCCCUGCAUAAGGUAAGCUAGAGGCUAUGGAUGCCUAAACUAAACCAGGUUUAUUAUUGUAGUUAAAGUUACAUGUAUGUUGAAAUCUAGAAGCUCUGAAAUGCAGUUUUCAAGCAAUCUGGACAUCAAUGGAGAGUGAUUUUUGACAAUACUACUGUACUUGCAACACAUUUAUGCAUGUACUAUGUAAGGGGUUAUUGACAAAACCCAUGAUAUAAUUGUAUGAUGAAUUUAAGUAGAAUGCUAUUGUGAUGUUUUAUUUUCUUUGUAUUAUGUUUUAGGGGACAAGUAGUCUACUUACAGUUUUCCAAUCACACAGAGUUAAAGACAGAACCCUCGCAACAUUCUGCAGGGGUAAGAAUUUACACCUCUUCACUGUUCAUUGUUGACAUUUGCUACAUGUAUGUGUCACUUGUGUGUUUCUCAAUUCAUACAGCCAAUUCUCUCUAAGAGGGACACUAUAUUAAGACCAGCCCUGACAGUCCAUCUUAAAGAGGUGUCCAGCUUAUGGAGGGUUUAGGAAAUGUGACACCAGUAAUAAUUUUUUAUAAUAAAAUAAAGCUGAGUCCAAUCGCCGUAAGGCAGUAAACUUGGAAUAUGAAACAGGAAAUAAGAAUCAUGUUGAAUUCUCAUUUUGCAUUCAAACGUUCAUUACAAGCAAACAUUUCUGGCUUUGUGGUCUUAAAACAUAACAGAACUUGUAUACAUUCUGCAAACUGGAACAAGACCACCAAAUGAUAAAAAAAUUGCAACCAACUGUCAUUUAGACCACCUACAUUUUCAUUUUGAGGUAUCUUGUAAUACAUAAAGCUCUUCUCAGGUGUCUGUUGAGGGUUUCAAAAGUGACUCUUGGCCAUCUUAUCAAAGUGCCUGUUAAGAGGGAGUUGAUUGUACUGUUCUUUUUAAACUUUGAAGCUUUCUUCACUUUAGGCAUCUAAGAUCAUUGCUGCAGCUCAAGGAGACUUCAGCUCAUCUCCAUAUUCAGCGGAUGGACAGCAGGCUGCCGCUGCAGUUGCUGCUGCUGUGGCCAAAGGUGGGGCAAGGAGUAAUGUUAUCAGAGCAGUGAUUGACAAGCUAUGGUACCCAAUUACAGUUGAAGUCCUUUACAAGGUAUGUCUGAAAUUGUUAUUGUUACAAGAGCUGUGACAAUGAGUUUUUGUGAUGGCCCAUCAUAUAGAAUUAACUUGUAGCAGUAUUCAGAAGAAUUUUAGUGUACAAUGUAGUUUUAAUGUGAUGCUAUUGUACUCUGACAAACCACACUAAGGUUUACAGGGUUGGAAGGUAGGUAAUGGCAAACACAUAACACAGCUCCCUGCCUGAAGGGUCUCAUGAGUUAUAUCCAGACCUCAGUGGUUAAUAAAAAAGAAAUUUCUUUUCUUGUGUGUUUACAGUUUUUCCCCAUUAUGUGAGACAAGUUGUUGCUCUGGCUGGAAGGUUAUCAUAGCACACAUUAUGUCAAUGUGAUCUUGCUUUUUUUUCUUCCUUGACAGAUUUUCUCCAGUCUUGGGACAGUCCUCAGAAUCGUCACCUUCACCAAAAAUAGUAAGUGUUCUGGAAAAGUUCUGUGCACUAAAUUUUGUUUCUAUUGAGGUGAAACUACACUGACACCCUAUAGUCACACAACAUGAUUUUCUGUUACAAAUUCAACAGUAUGGACUGUUAGUGAAAGAACUAAUGAAAGGUUUGUGUUGACUUUCAGGUCAGUUCCAAGCCCUUAUAGAAUUCAACAGUGUAACUGAAGCAGAGAUUGCAAAAUUGGUACAAAGAAUGUUGUUAUUAUGGCUUCCUUGUUUGACUCAUUUUGAAGAUAAAUGUAUGACUGUAUAAGUACUGCACUGUAACAGCAUUUCUUUUCACUUUCCUCAGACACUAGAUGGACAAAACAUUUACAAUAGUUGCUGUACCUUGCAUCUUGAAUACUCCAAGUUAACCACAUUAACUGUGAAAUUCAACAAUGAUAAGAGCAAGUGAGUGUACAUUAUUUUGUUUGUCUCUAAUCCUAAUCCAUUUGUCCCUGGAGAUUUUGAAACCCUUGUGAUGUCAUUAAAGCCAUUUUGUGGUCACGGUCUGGCCAUUAAAAAAUCAAACAAUAAAAUGUAGUUCACAAGUAAAUUUUUUUUUUUUUUACAUGUAAGUUACAGCUGUAACUCAAAUUUAAAUGAAACAAAAGAAAAAUUGGGGAGUUCAACGGGAUUCGAACCCAUGGCCUUUGCGCUAACUCAGUUACAAUCCAUUUUAAUCUUCUUCAGUUUUGCCUAUUGAUGAUACCAUCAGAAAAAGAAAACAACGCUAUUUUUUUCGAAACCUGCCGAGUUUUUAGUGAAAACAAAACUUGACUGACGUGCCGUACAUGUCGUACAUCGCAUGUCCUUGUAAACAUUUCAUGCAGCGCAGCGAAUCAUUCUAAGUUUUAAUUCAUUCGGGAAACAAAAAGCCUCGGAAAAAUUUCAGAGCAGGUUUAAAUGAUUAAACUGCACAAAUAUUUAUCUACAAAGUGAAACCGAACCGACACUAAUUUUGUAGUUGUAAGAGAAACGAUCAUUUUUUAUAUUUCCCCCUAGGCCUAAAUAUUACCGAUCGCUUCCUCUGCAAGCUGUUUUAUAAUUUCAAAAAAGUAUGCCUCAUGACACUUCAAACUUUUAUAUAGCAGGUUCGUAAAGCCACAGGAGUCUGAGUACUGACUCUUCUCCGAACAUUUCAUGAACAUUUAUGCUUGCAUGUGAUAGCACCUUAGUUUCGAGAAAAUAAUCCUUUCAACAGGAAGGGACCAACAAACUGUCAAAUGUUGGAAAAAAAGGAAUCUAUUCCUAUGCAAAAUACGCAUAAUUUGCUCGUUGGCACUCUAUCGAUAGUUAUACCUAGUCUUAUUUCCAGCGUGUUGCGUUAUUUGACCCCGAUGCGUUUAGGCUUGUGACAAGGUUCAUUGCGUAUGCAAAUUUUUUUCGUGGAACUUCACAACAACAGAUGAAACACCUGUAUAGUUUCAAGAAAAUAAUCCUUUCAACAGGAAGGGACCAAGAAACUGUCAAAUGUUGGAAAAAAGGAAUCUAUUCCUAUGCAAAAUACGCAUGAUUUGCUCGUUGGCAGUCUAUCGAUUUUUAUACCUAGUCUUAUUUCCAGCGUGUUGCGUUAUUUGACCCCGAUGCGUUUCGGCUUGUGACAAGGUUCAUUGCGUAUGCAAAUUUUUUUCGUGGAACUUCACAAGAUGAAACAUGUGAAGUUCAUUUUCAAGGAGAUUAUUAAUUAAACCUGGAGUGUUUAUUCGCGAUAUAACAGCUACGGUUUCAUGACAGUAUUAUAAAGAGUUAGUUACACCUAUUGUAUGCAUGUUUCGGAAAGAUUUUUGAGAUAUCAUCGUUAUGAAAAAAAAGAAAUGACCGAAAUAAGCGAAACCCCCGAAACGAUUUCGCUUGAUUUGCUCUUCGUUUUGGUUUUGGUUUUGGUUUUGGUCGUUUUGGUGCUUUCGCUCGUUUCGUUCCAAUGGUUUCGUUUUGUUGUUUCGGGUUUUAGCUGAGGGCAAACGAGAAGCGAACAAAUGAAUAAAGUUCAUCAGAUACGGCUUUUCAGACGGUAUUCCGGUUACAUUUUACUAAGAUACUUCAAGUUAUUAUGCUCCAUGUUUACUAUCCGUUUAGCGUUCUAUAAGUAACUGUUUUUCCUGGAACGAUCUUGCCGACUCAUCCGUUUUCAAACGUUUCCAGCUGUCCGUUUGUGGACUUAGGUCAACCGUUUAACGGUUUAAGCUAUCCGUUUUGGGAUUUUGGUCAACCGUUUAACGUUUCGAGCUAACCGUUUAUAUUUUUGGUCAACCGUUUAACGCUUCAAGCUAUCCGUUUUUGGACUUUGGGCAACCGUUUAAAUUUUUGCUAUCCGUUUAAAGAGUUAUAGAAACCGUUUAAACGCUUGAGUUAACCGUUUACUAUCCGUUUAGAACCGUUUUUCUUGACCGUUUAACGGAAAAGCGUUAGUGUCCGUUUUCCCAAAGAGGGUCACAUCUUUCUUUUAUAGAGAUUACACACGACCUGAUCUACCAUCUGGUCCAAAUGAAAGUCCUUUUGCUGGAGCUGACAUUGCUGGAUUAGCAGCCCUUGGUAAGCAGAUGCUUUUUUUUUCGGUUGUUUGCAAAAAUGUACAUGCCAGUACAUACAUCGUAUUUUUAAGAUUACAUUAUUAAACUUUUAUUGUCAUUAGUUUCUGUUCUUCAGCUAUUGUAGUUACAUGUGUUGUGUGUACAAUGUUUAUUGUGAUGGUGACUAUUAGGCAUGGUAAAUAUACAGUAUCACACAAAAUUAAGUGACCAGUAUUGCUUUGUUUCUUGUGAAACUACAAUCUCGUUGCAAGUGAAUAAACAAAUGUUUUGGAAUUAAGUUUAAGUUCAAGUAAAAAUCUGCAUAAGAACCUGAGACAGCAUUUCAGAUCAUAGGUGAAAUAAUGCUCUUGCCUUGCCAUUGUGGUUGACUGCAAAACAGCCCAUAUUUUUUCCUACAUGUAGGUUUUGCAUGCAUGGGCUGUCAAAGGAAAGGUCAGGAGUGAGGGUGAAAACAGACAGUGAGACUCAGGAGAGACCCAAAAAAUUAGAAUUGUCUGGGUUUCUCUAGUCAAACAUUUGCCAUGCAUAUCCAGGACUGUACUUUGCGCCUUGCAAAACUGAUUUUGAGGAAGAAAAAAAAAACAGCUGUUUUGCAGUCUGCUGUUGUAGCCAAACUUGAAAUAGCUGGAACUAUUAUUUAUUCUUCUCCAUUGGCAAACAAGUUAUUAAACCACUUUGAAGUCAGCAACUUAUCUUUUUCCAUCUUUUGUUUGUCAGCUGGUGGUGGUGCAGCUGGAGCAAGUCUGAUGGGAGCCCCAGCUCUGUUGGGUCUUCUUCCUCAAGGAGGAUUAAUUCAAGCAAGUAAGGAAGUAGGGAGUCACCAUAAUAAAAAAAGGGGUUGACUGAAAUAUUCCCCACAAGAAAAUUUCUAUUUGAUCAGUGAUGUACAUGUAGUGGACAAUAAUAGAACCAACAUGGAGAUGUUGUACCAGAGUUGAGAUCAGUAUGCACACCAUGCGAGUAGAGCCUUUCUUUUCCUUGCUCAGUUUUGGUUUACUCAAGAAAGACUCUGCAUGGAUCCAGUAAGACCUUUUCUGAGCAUGUGCUUAAUGUUACUCAGAUACAGUUCUGAACCUAGGCCUAAUAGCUGUUGCUUGUUUCAGCGGGCUCAGUUGUGAACAUCAGUUUAUCAGUGAACUGAUGCUCACACUCGAAAAACCAGUUUAAUGAGGGAAAAACAAGAAUGACUAGUCAAGAAGUUCAUGCUGCUUGUAGUUGUAGCAGUCUGAGAAAGAUGGGGCCUUUCUGUAGAUACUGUCAUCACAAAAGAAUCAGAGGAACUGAACAAUAGAGUUCUCCUGGGGGAUUUAUUUUUUAGUUGUAUUGUUUCUUUUGUUGUAUGCAAUCUGUACCUUGGUAUAUAUCUACAGUGUACAGAAGGAACCGAAAGAUGGCUACAUUUUAUCCUGGAUGUCCUGUACACUGUAGAGGCCCUGUUAGGAUAAAAUUCAGAGGCUACUGUACAUGUAUAAUAUGGCCUAGAAACCAUACUAAAACAGUGCCAUAAGUCAGCUGAAGAGUGGACAAACGACAUAAAGAUUGGUUAAAUACUGACAGGAACAUAAUCUACUCUUCAGAAUGCAAAAUGACCUUAUUUCCCUAAGAGAGCCUCAGUAUAAACUUUCACUCAGUCAAAAUGUGUCUUUACAGAUUUACUUGCAGCAGCUGCUGGUAGUCGCAGUGGAGGCAGCCCUGUUGUGCUCGUCAGUAAUUUAAAUGAAGAGGUGAGAGUGGUUGGAAUUUUUAAAGUGCAGUGUUGAGCCCAGUUGCACUGUUAAAUAUAAUAUACAUGUCUUUACUUUAUAUUGUAUGACAAAAUGGGGUUGAAGAAAGUUUGGCUUUUUAUUGUUCAAACCAUGAAAUGUUUUUGAGUGACUUUUGGAAUCGUAAUCCUUUACUUCACGAUAAUUUUCUAAAGUUGCAGCAAAAACCUUUUUUUGCAGAUGCUGCAAAAUUUGCAUGUAAUGUGUUGGUAGGUUACCGGUACCUUAAGCAAAACUUAAAUAUUCCUUUUUUCUAUUUUUGUUCUUCUGGAAUUUCACCAAAAUAAUAACAUGUUGCAAUUUGACCAAUAAUAAAUAAAUUCGAAUAUUUGAAAUUUCAACCACCUCAUUCAACAAAUUUUUACGGUUUUUUUUUUAGCAAAUUUUCAAUUAAAACAUCAUCCUUGGCAGGCAAACUAACUGCUCCAUUCAUUGUUCCUGCCAAAAUUUCAAAUUACAUGUAGCUUUUUUUAUCACUAUUUUUGGAUGUAGUUAAAAUGAGUAUUUUGCCUGUAUGAUGUGCAUCUAAUUCACUCUAAUUCUCAUACAGUACUUCCAACAAAAAAAUUCAUCUAAAGCAUACAGUUCAUGUCACCUUCUUUUCUAACAUCCAGGCAGCAAGUUUCAUGAGAGAAGUUUCAGCUAGCAUAAUCUUAAAUCGUUCUCUUGGUCAUCCAGGUGUACCUUUUGCAAGAACUUCUACAUUUCUGUAUUUUUUGUGUCUUAAAGCUUCAAAGUAACUGACAUUAUUUUGUUUAAUUUUCUGUUUUUAUUUUGUCUAAAUCUCCUUCUUUUUUCCUUGUAGCCUUAAAAAAAUUUUCACUCCCAGGUGCAAACAACUGAACACUUAAGUUAAAGGGGACUUAAUAUCUUUUUCAUCAAUCAAAACACAAAGCAUAAUGAUCAAGUUUGGAUAGCUACAGUCACCAAUGCAGCACUUCCUGGGGUCGUCAUUGAUGCUUGCUAGGUGCAUGUAUUGAUGACCCAAAGAAUAGCUGCUUAGGAGACCAGGGUCGCUUACCAGAAGUCAGAACUGGUGGGCUGGACCAGUCAAUUUGAAAAUAAAAUAGGCUUUUCCUGAGAGUUUGGCUAAAAAGCUGUCUGUGCUGUGCAUAGAUUAUAAGAAUGGACAGUCCUGGAUAACAGCUAAAUUCUCUCUUUAGCAGAACUGGUUUUUGCCAGCCAGUUCUUACUAAUGGAAGUGCCUGGGAAAGCUUUAUGUACUGUGCACUACAUUCCUGUGGUACCUUCUGUUUUGCUAUUAAACAAGUGGCUCACACCUUUGAGAUUGUGAUUAAAGUUCUUUGGUGUGAUCAUGUGAUCAUACUACAGGUGUUUAGAAGUGUUAAGACCAUUUUGGUGCUUUUUUUUCCUAACUGUUGUCUGUUGGAGAAAUGCUAAAUAGUUGUCUUCUAAAUUCAAUGAGAACUUUCUUUUAAGCAUUACUCUCUGUUUGAUACUGUUUUCAGUAUUUUGAAAUUGGAAUUGUUUUGAACCUGGGAGUGAACGUGUUUAUUUGUAUCCUGCAAUUUCUUUAAAACAACCUUACUCAUCUUAUGUUUGUUUCCUUCUUUCCCUCAUUAUGCUGUUAUCGACGCUGACUGAUGCCUACCCCCUUGAACUGUUCUCUCUUUUGCUGUCCACUUCAAUCUGCUCACGUCACUUGGAAUCCAUAUUCUAGAGGAUAAACUGUGACAUGCUUUUCACUUUGUUCGGUAUGUCUUUUUCCCCCAAGCCUCUGUCAUCACCCUUCUUGUUCAUUUUGUUUUUCCAUACUCAAGAAAGCCUGGUUGUGGAUGGGUAACCUUCAUUUGUUUCAGUGUUAUCAUGUUAUUAUUUUUUGUUUUUGAUAUUGUUUUUUAAUUUUGUUGGCAUUUCAUUGAAGAGCUAAUGCUUCUAACUUUCUCCUGAAUUAUUAAAUGCUGUCAAAGUCUGCUCCAUUAUGGCUCAUUUACACCUUUUGAAAUGAAGAGAAACCUGGUGCCUUAGUUCUCCACAGAACUAAGAAGUUAUCCAUUGGUGUACAAUUAAUAUUUUAAUAAUUAUUUAAGGCAACCCUCUAAGUCCUAAUAUUUAUCGGCAGACAUAUUCUCCUCUCUGUUUUGGGCUGUGUUGUAGCAGUGCUGGUGGCCUCUGGCAACUUAAUUGUGACUAGGGCCCUCGGAAAAUCUUUAUUUUUUCACAAAACAGAUGACUGGUUUCUGACGAUUUCUUAUAGCACAUCUUUUCUGUACUCCAGUUUCUUCUAUAGCUGUAAUGGGGAGAAUUUGCUUAAGAAUCAAGACUAAAAUAUGCAGUAUUGCAGGCAAGGAGGAAUUAGAUGCUGGUCUCUAUUAGGGCUUACAGGGUUUAAGAGAGAGCCUUAAUCUUACAGUAAUCCAUUUAAGAAAAUAAACAAUGUAACAAUUCAUGGUCAAAGAAUUCACAAGCCAUAGCAAAUUCAUGCUCACUUUAACCAGUCGUUUGGAUGUCUUGCUAAUCCCAGAAUUCAUUUCUUUUUUCUUUCCUGUCUCAAUUUUUUUGUAAUCCCUAUGGUGUCCCUCAUUUGCUACAAAGUUGUAGCAGAGUGAUGUCUGGAUUAUCCAAGUGGUUAAAUUAACACCUUUGCAUCUUGAAGUGUACAUUGCUGUUUUUGAAAGUUGAGCGACUUCAUAUCACACUCUUUACAUUGUGGUAUAACAGGUUCAAUAAUGAAAUGCUUAAUGUGUGUUCCACUCAUAAAACAUAAACAAUCUGACUGUACACCAAUCCUCCAUCUGUAGGUGUGUAUGGCGACGUAGUUCGUGUAAAGAUUCUCUUCAACAAGAAGGAUACAGCACUCAUCCAGUUCAAUGAUGGUCAGCAGGCCCAAACAGGUACUUCUUACAAUCAUCAUGCUUGUUCUUUUAGAGUUGUACAAAAUUUAUCAGACAAAUGAUUCAGAUAUUCUUUUAGAUCUGGAUGCACAAUGCAAUUCUGUGAAAUAUUUGUGUUGUGAUAUUUUGAUGGUGUUUGUACAUUUUGAGCCCACUUCUUGAAAAUGGUAGUCAUUUUGAAAUUAUGCACGUAACGAACAAAGGCAGUCUCUGAAGACAGUGUCGUUUUAUACUUGCAUAAUAUUAUUAAAUAAUUGCCCAAUGCUCUUCCCUGGCCUGUCUUGCUUGUACUCAAUUUUCACAAACUUCAAUUCUAAACGGAGGUGAGAAAAAUCAGCUACAUAGUACAUAAUUGCGAGCCAAAAAGCAAACGGAAAAGAAAAAUUUGGGCCAAAUAAUUAAAUGGACUUAAGCCAGUAUUUACCAAAACUGCAUCAUUUGAAGAACCUUACAUAUUGCUUGAUCUUCCACAUCAUUCUUCCACACUUGUAUAAGCCAUUAAUUUUCAGUCUGCCCAACCCUUUUGUCUGUUCACUGUAAUUGGUUAACAGUUUCAUGAAAGCAUUUGCAUGUAGCAUAGACUAAAAAGGCAAUAAUCUUCUUAAAAUGACCCGGUCAGUAAGGGAUCUGGAGUUCUGAUGAUUUCUUAACUAGUAGCUUAAGUAUGGGCUAGUUGUUUAAAUAACCCUUGGUGUCUUAAAGGUCUUUACUGAGUAAAUGUUGUUUUCAUUCUUAGCAAUUUCAAUUUUGAAUGGAGUUAGAGUUUAUGGAAAAGAAAUUAGGGUCACAGCAUCUAAGCACUACUCAGUCUCUAUGCCCAAGGAAGGAGACGUAAGUUGUCAUGAUUCAUUAGUCGAGUCAUUUCAGUGUCGUUUUUGAGCGGUUGUUUUUGCUCCAGUUUUAAAGGGGUAGUCUUGACAGAGAAACUUUCAUUUCCUUUUAUUUGCAGGAAAACAAUCUGACCAAAGAUUUUACAAACUCACCUCUACACCGCUUCAAAAAGCCAGGAUCCAAAAAUUUUCAGAAUAUUUUCCCACCAAUCAGAACACUACAUGUCUCAAAUAUCCCGUAAGUGUUNCGAACAAAGGCAGUCUCUGAAGACAGUGUCGUUUUAUACUUGCAUAAUAUUAUUAAAUAAUUGCCCAAUGCUCUUCCCUGGCCUGUCUUGCUUGUACUCAAUUUUCACAAACUUCAAUUCUAAACGGAGGUGAGAAAAAUCAGCUACAUAGUACAUAAUUGCGAGCCAAAAAGCAAACGGAAAAGAAAAAUUUGGGCCAAAUAAUUAAAUGGACUUAAGCCAGUAUUUACCAAAACUGCAUCAUUUGAAGAACCUUACAUAUUGCUUGAUCUUCCACAUCAUUCUUCCACACUUGUAUAAGCCAUUAAUUUUCAGUCUGCCCAACCCUUUUGUCUGUUCACUGUAAUUGGUUAACAGUUUCAUGAAAGCAUUUGCAUGUAGCAUAGACUAAAAAGGCAAUAAUCUUCUUAAAAUGACCCGGUCAGUAAGGGAUCUGGAGUUCUGAUGAUUUCUUAACUAGUAGCUUAAGUAUGGGCUAGUUGUUUAAAUAACCCUUGGUGUCUUAAAGGUCUUUACUGAGUAAAUGUUGUUUUCAUUCUUAGCAAUUUCAAUUUUGAAUGGAGUUAGAGUUUAUGGAAAAGAAAUUAGGGUCACAGCAUCUAAGCACUACUCAGUCUCUAUGCCCAAGGAAGGAGACGUAAGUUGUCAUGAUUCAUUAGUCGAGUCAUUUCAGUGUCGUUUUUGAGCGGUUGUUUUUGCUCCAGUUUUAAAGGGGUAGUCUUGACAGAGAAACUUUCAUUUCCUUUUAUUUGCAGGAAAACAAUCUGACCAAAGAUUUUACAAACUCACCUCUACACCGCUUCAAAAAGCCAGGAUCCAAAAAUUUUCAGAAUAUUUUCCCACCAAUCAGAACACUACAUGUCUCAAAUAUCCCGUAAGUGUUGGCUUUCAUUUACUAAUAAGAAUAAUUAUUUUAAAUGAAACAUGUAAAUAAAUAAAUAACAUAAACGAUUUAGAUGUAGCACAUCCACAAAGUGGUUCUUCGUCUACCUUAUUCAUGGUCAUGUUGGUUUUUUGAGGAGUGGGGAAAACUGUAGUACCCAGAGUAAAACCUCUCCGAGCAAAGGAUAGAACCAACAUCAAACUCAACCCACAUAUGGCGUCGGCGUGAUUUUAUCACUGGUUCAAGUUUAAUUGGAGACUUUUCUCUGUUCAGCUCCUCUGAAGACUCAUUAGUUUUGUUUUCAAUUUUUAUAGACUGGGUGCUAACAAUAGGGCGGGGUCGUGGAAAGGGGGGGCUCGUUUUUGUGCCAUAGAGUGGAGGCUUAUUAUGAUGGGCACUUAUCAGGGGCUGGGUCCAAUAAUAUGAUAACCAAUGUGUCAUGUUUCUAAAAUGUUUCAUUUGUUGUGGAAAAUACAGUGACUCAGCAACAGAGGAAGAAUUGGUGGAUGCUUUUAGUGAAGCAGGGACAGUGACAGACUUCCGUUUUUUCCUGUGAGUAUUUGUAGAACUAUUAUUGCAGAUAUGCAUCCUAGAUAGCACAUACAUGUAUGACAGUCUUCAGAAAUCUUAAGAACCAAAUGAUAGUCAAAGCUGUUCAUGUAGCAUGUUACAUGUACACUUCACACGGGCCCAAUAGGUGCAAUUUCUCAGUUUUAAAAGCAAUUUUCUGUUGAUCAGCAAAAUCAGUUUUGCAAUUGUUAUGGUUUUUAUUUCUUGUCUUGAUUGGCUCAAUCGUUUGCUUCACUUUCUCAAACAAACUAAUAUUUUGUCCAGCUAGCAUGCGCGUGCUUGGCACCAGUCAAGUUUUCCUUGAAAACUGAUUGACUGUUUCCACUGGUUUUAAAUGUUAUUUUAACUCGAGUAACAGUCACAUGAAAGAUGAAGCUGUUGAAGUAAGUUUCACAACUUGGAAGUCACUCCACUGCCACUCCACUGUUUUCCAGUUAGUGCAUGUACUCUCAGGGGACUAUUUUUAUAUUUCAGCAUAAAAACAACAGGACACUAAUCAUCUGCGGGACUAUAGAACUUAGCUUUGAAGAAAUGCUAUGAUUGAAAAUAUUGAAAGAUUUAAACAAGAGGGGAAGUUAAUUAUAACAACUUGGGAAAUUCCUUUGUACUUAAUUGCCCCAUUAUUUGGUACUGUUUACAGGAAGGACCAUAGGAUGGCUUUCGUAAAUAUGACGUCAACAGAAGAAGCUAUUGAUGCUCUCAUUGUAAGUUAUUAAUCAUUGUAACUAUAAUAAUUCAAUUGAUAAAAGGCAUAUCUUAGCCUUGAUCAUGCAAGAGCUAACUUGGGUCUUUGCUACUACCAACAGAAAAUGCACAACUAUAAAAUUACAGAGUCAAAUCACCUGAGAGUAUCGUUCGCCAAGCAAGUGAUGGCAUCCUGA